ACCCAGAUUCAUUCGAACAGCAACAUGACUGACAAAUAUCACCAACGCCCAUAAACCGGCAGUAGGAAAUGAAUCGAGCAGCGAGAGUCGCCUCUUUCCCUGUAGCCCGCAGCUGAGAGCACAGCAUCGCCGCCCUGCUGCACUGAGCUGAGGAUUUAACCAGCCUUUUCAAGCUCUUACACCCUUUCCUACCGUCUCUAUUUUCACUUCCCUUGUUUUAUUCGUCCCUCAGCCUUUUAUCCGUCAAAAAUGGCAACACGGAUCGACAAAGAAGCUUGCAGAGAAGCUUACAACCUCGUCCGAGACGAUACCACAGACAUUAACUGGGCAGCUUUUAAGUAUGAUGGCCCCAUGAUUGUUCCUGCAGGACAUGGAACCGACUAUGCAGACUUCAAAAGUCAAUGUUCAGAUGACAACCGUCUGUUCGGUUUUGUGCGGAUCACGACGGGCGAUGCCAUGAGCAAGCGUGCGAAGUUCACCCUCAUCACCUGGAUUGGGGAGAACGUGAGUGGACUGCAGAGGGCCAAGAUUAGCACAGACAAGACACUGGUGAAAGACGUUGUCCAGAACUUUGCUAAGGAGUUUAUGGUCAGCGAUAUGCGAGAACUGGAGGAGGACUACAUCCGCAAUGAGCUGAAGAAGGCUGGCGGUGCCAACUACGACGCACAGGCAGAAUAGAGCCUAGCAGGGUGCACACAGAGGAAUUGGGUGGGGGUCAUCAAAUCUGGGUGAAACAGAAGGGGAAGACUUCAUCUCACACACUUCCUCAGACACAUUUACACCAACAUACACUCGUACACACACAUACGCACAAACACACACAUUUACAAAUAUGUCUAUAUAUGUACACACAUUCACACACACACACACACACUUACACUUCACAGUCCUCCUCCAGUGUGGUCAUGGUUGAUUUAUCUACUGUACUGUGCAUCAUCUCACUCUCAUCUCAGCCGGGCUGCGAGUGCUGACCUCAUUUCCUUCAGGGGUGGCUUUUGUACAACAACUAUAGUCGGACCCAUUUGGACUUGUGAUGUGAAGAGAGGCUUCUUUGGCUUUUGAUUGGCCAUGGCUAGAUCACGUGAUCAUGGCUAGAUCACCUCCAGUCAACUGCAGUUUCUUUCAUCUCACCAUUGGUUUUUAUUCCCCUUUUUUAAAUCUCGCUCUCCCUGGCUACUUCCUUAAUACAGACCACUGUGUUUACGGCCUCGAUCUCCAAUGGAGAAAGGGGCGUCAUUGGAUGUAUGCUUAUGUGUGUAUGUGUUUGCAGACACUGCACUGUGACUCACUUAGUCUCCAGGUGGGGUGAGAUUGGGGACAGCAUCCAGCCCUGUGAGCACUUUGGUGGGCUGUGCUGCUGUCACUCAGCCCAGCUGUGGAGCAGCCGUUUCUCUGAGUGUAGCCUUUCUUUUGGUCAUUUGAAUUGAAUUCCCCAAGAAUGUUUUUUACAACAAUGUUUAUUUACUUGUCAUAAUUAAUUACUUUUUUUUGGAAACUGAUGUCAUUAACGAACCAAGAAAAAAAAAAAGAAAAAAUAUUGACAUGGGCACAAACGAAAUCAAUCAUUUCAGAAUAAUAAAAAAAAACUGUUUUUCCAAGA